AUGGAUGUAGAUAACAUUGUGCAGCUGAAUGAGGAUGUCGAAAUGAAUCAUCAGGUUGUAGCAGUGGGUGUUGAGGCAGUGGGUGUUGAGGCAGUGGAGACACCUGAUCCUUUAAGUUGUAGUAGUGCAGCUGGGUCGAACAAUGUGGUUGAACCACCUGCAGUAGGUAUGAUAUUUGGGACAUGGGAGUUUGCUGAUGAAUAUUUAAGGAAAUAUGGGAAGCAGGAAGGGUUUGCUGUUGUUAGGGCAGCUGGUUCUCAUAAGAAAGGUGAAGGUAAUAAAAUUGAAAAGGGUUGGAGGAAUUAUACAUGGAAAUGCGAAUGUUCUGGUAAACCGGACGUGAAACGAGCUUUGAAGGGUAGGGUAGCUGUUGGACGUAAGGGUAUUCAAGUGGCAACUAGGAAGUCGAAGAAAUGCAAUUGCCCUGUUAUGAUGUAUGCUUGUUGCAAUGAAGGAGGUGAGUGGCAAUUGAAGAAAGUCAUUUUGGAUCAUAUUCAUAGUAGUUUAGCGCGUGAUAGGAAUGGGUUGGACAAUAUGGCUAUAACAGAAAGGGAUCUUAGGAAUAUAAUUGCGAAGGAGAGGAAAUUGAAGCUUGGGCCUGGUGAUGCUAAUGCAAUGAUGAAUUAUUUUAACAAGAUGGCGGAGGACAACCAAAAGUUCUUUCACAGUCAUCGAUUAGACGAAGAAGGGUACUUGAAGGAUGUGUUAUGGGUGGAUGCUAGGUCUCGAGUGGCCUACGAGGAAUUCUGUGAUGUGGUUGCUUUUGAUGCGACAUAUUUGACUAAUGACUAUGAACUACCGUUCGCAAACUUUGUCGGAGUGAACCACCAUGGACAGACCAUAUUGCUUGGAUGUGCGUUAGUUUCGCACGAGGAUGCAGAGACAUAUGAAUGGGUAUUUAGCACUUGGGUGUUAUGCAUGGGUGGUAGAGCACCCAUUGGUAUAUUGACUGACCAAGACGCGGCGAUGAGAAAGGCACUCCACAAUGCUAUGCCUCAAUCUGUGCACCGAUGGUGUAUAUGGCAUAUAAUGAUGAAAUUUGGGAAGAAGCUAGGUUCGUAUGCAAAUUACAAGGACUUGAAGGAAGCGUUGACACAGUCCAUCUAUGAAAGUACAAGCCCUGAUGUGUUUGACGGAACAUGGGUGGUUGCCAUAGAGAAGUAUGGUGUAGGUGAUGAUGAAUGGCUUGAAGAGCAGUACUGUAACGCUAUGGAAGCUAGAGCAAAUGCGGAGAAGGAAGCAGAUGCAAAUAGCGCGAGGUACCUCCGUCUUACUGUUACUACCUUCAAGACUGAACAUGUAUUUCAAAAGGUGUACACUGAUGCUAAAUUUAAAGAGAUACAAAAUGAAUGUCUGAAGGUGCUUUACCUUCAAUGGAGUGGGAAAAAAGAAAUUGGAGAUGAUGUUGUAGAGCACUUGUUCGAGGAUAGGGUGUGGGUGAUGUGCAAGGAGACGAGGAAAGAGGUGCCUUUGGAGAGGACAUGUGAGUAUGUUGUUCGUAUAGACAUGGAGAGUACGGAGGCAACUUGUGAUUGCAAGAUGUUUGAGUCUGCGGGAAUAAUGUGUAGGCACAUUAUAUCCUUGUAUCUUAAGUUGAAAAUUAAGGAGAUUCCUGAGAAGUACAUAUUGAGGCGUUGGCGGAAAGAUGUAUUUCGAAAGCACACAAUGGUAAAGGUAGCAUAUCAUGACCCCUCAAAGACAGAAGAAGUGCAGAACUAUGAUAGGAUGAUGGUAGUAUUUGACCCAAUCUGCUUGAAGGCUGCCAACUAUGGUGAUACUCACACAGUUUUAGAGACCCUCCAACUACUAAACAUACGUCUUGAUGAGCGGCACGCUAUGAAACUUUGUGGUAUUAGUACGAAGAAUUGCACCCCGAAAUCGGUUGGUAAUAGGCAGUUGGUGCCAAAUUCGGUAGGGGUUGUUAGUUCAAACAGGUUGGACGAAAAAACCCCAAGUGAAGUGGUAGGAUGUGAAAUGGAAGGGGAAGGGAGUCGUGUAGACGUACGGCAUGUUAGUUGUGUUGAUGUUGAUGAUUUAGAUGUAGUAUCUGUGAAAGACCCCCCAAGGAAAAAAACUAAGAGGGCAGCUAGACUGCUUUCGUGUAUCGAGAAGAAUGCGAAGAAGGAUGAAGCAACGAAGAAGAAAGAAGCAACGAAGAAGAAAGAAGCAUCGAAGAAUCCACGAGGGAAAGGAGUUAAAAGAAAGGAGGUUGGAGAGGAGGAGGCACAUCUACAGUUGGAGUUGUGGCCAUCCAAUUCUCGUAAUGAAGGUAAGGUAUCUGAAUGA